GUUAACCAUGGCGACGAAACUUGUUCUACCACGCCGCCGGCGUCCGAGGUCCAUGUCGACGGCGGUCCUUGUGAUGAAGAAAGCGCGAGUGGGGCCCCGACGCACAGUCCACAUGCACCUGUUUCGCUCGGUGGCCCUUGCUGGGGAUCUUAUGGCGCUGAUCACAUCGUUUCAAUGCGGAAUCUUCGCGGACCUCGUCCCAUACGACCACGAAGGCCGGUACAUGGCACGCAUGCGUCGUGGCACGGCGCCAUUGGUGCUUCCGGGGCGUUUUUUCAAAGCGUACGGAAAGAAGUCCAUUGACCUGUCGUUUCUUUGCUUGGACUGUUCCAGCCAAGUCUACCUGCCGCUCCACCUUGCGAUCUUUGAAGGCGAUGAGCAUCGCGUCCGACAGUGGCUCGCGUGCAAACCCCAUUGGUUGACACCCCGCGCGUUUGACGCUGCUGCGUUCCACGGACACAUGCAUAUAGUUCAGUUGUUGCAUUCGCUUGGCGGGGCGGCAACCACCGCCGCGAUGGACUUAGCCUCGCUCGCCGGGCACAUGGCCAUGGUCGAGUUCCUUCAUCGUACUCGCGGGGAAGGCUGCACCUACCGCGCAUUAGACGAAGCAGCAUCUGCAGGACACCUCGAUCUCGUCAAGUUUCUGCAUGAGCACACCCAUGGCGGGGCGACCGUGCGCGCUUUGGACGGCGCCGCGGCCCGUGGGUUCCUCGACGUGGUCAUAUUUCUCCACCACCAUCGCCACGAAGGUUGUACGACCUCCGCCAUGGACACCGCUGCCACAAAUGGCCAUCUGGAGGUCGUCCAAUUUUUACAUUCCCAUCGUCGAGAACGGUGCACGCGUGCGGCCAUGGAUGGUGCCGCAACCAAUGGCCAUCUGGAGGUCGUGCAAUUUUUACACGUCCAUCGGACUGAAGGCUGCACGACGUCGGCACUGGACGGCGCCGCGAGACGAGGCCAUUUGGCAAUUGUCCAAUGGCUGCAUUUCCACCGCACUGAAGGUUGUACGACCGACGCCAUGGAUGACGCAGCCACCAAUGGCCAUCUGGAGGUCGUACAAUGGCUCCACACCACCCGGUGCGAAAGCGGCACCGACGCUGGCUUAAAGGAGGCGAAAGAUCGCGGCUACGGCGCCGUGGCCGCCUACUUACAGACCCAUUGCCAGAGUACAGUUAGAUCCACUUCGAGCUUUACAAUGCACGACGCCGUUGCAUUGAGAAGGCAUUGGGCCUAUGACAAUGGCAGCGAUAGUGACACUGACGAUAGUGACCACGAUAGUGACCACAGUGACGAACGCCAACUUGGAUGGCCAUUCCAUGUUUGAUCUCUCUCGCAAAAAAUACACUGUUUUGACAAAUCAUCGUAAAUUAUGCACCAGAUAGGAAGCUAAAGAAGCACCAACUGUUACUAGUAUGUAUACAGUAUGUAUUCGAUUCAAGAGUCCACAGAUUGAUUCCUAGAGUUGACAACCCCGACUAACAUACUGUAAGUGCAUGCCGAAAACUCUAAUACUAUCGAAUUAUUAGGCCUAGUCGGGGUUGUCGAUUUCUG